GAACCCUCCCAACUAGGCAUUUUUUAGAGAAGCGUGGUUCUCUCCUGUGGGUGAAUACAGCUGAGAGGAUCAGCCCUCUCAUGGAAUUCGGCGGGAGUCAGGCUCUAAUCACCAUCCUUGCUUUGAUUGUAGGAGGACUGGUUUGGAGACAAUUGACGAAAUGGAAGAGGAGGGACUCGGAAUCAACCUCAAGAACGGACCAUGGGCCUGGAAAAGAGAACCGGUCGUCAAGGAGGGACUCAGAGUCAACCUCAAGAGCCGAUGAUGCAUCUCGCGAAGAGUACGAUGUGUUCCUAAGUUUCCGAGGACCGGAUACACGCAAUGGAUUCACCAGUUGUCUUUACCAUCGCUUGAGAGAUGCGGGAAUCCGCGUUUUCUCCGACAACGAAGAACUCCGAGUAGGUAAAGAAAUUGGUGGAGAGCUUUUGAAUGCGCUUGACAAGUCUCGAAUCUACAUACCUAUCUUCUCUACGGGUUAUGCUAACAGUUCGUGGUGUCUCCGUGAGGUUGCGCACAUGGUGGAAUGCACCUCACCAUCAGGUGAGAAGAAAGAGAUACUUCCCAUCUUCUACGAUGUGGAUUCUGACGAUGUCAAGCUCAAAACCAAGUUAUAUAGAAAAGCCAUGCCCAAGCACGAGAAGAAGUUUGGCUCCGAGGAAUUGAAGCGCUGGGAAAAUGCCCUUGUUGAGGUUGCACGUAUAAAGGGAUGGGAUCUUAAAGGCAAAGGCCAAGGAGAACAAAUCGAAUUGAUUGUUGAAGAGGUUUCCCAUAAACUUAAGACAAGACAAAUAAUUGUGACCGAACAUUUGGUUGAAGAUACUGAUCAGAUCGAAGCCAUAAUGAAGUUGUUAGAUGUUGGGUCUGGUGGCGUGCGUUUUGUCGGUAUCCAUGGCAUGGGUGGUGUUGGAAAAACAACUCUUACCAAAGUAAUGUUCAACAAACUAUCUCUUCACUUUGAGCGUUGUAGUUUUCUUGCAGAUGUUCGAACAUUAUCACAACCUCAUGAUGGACUUAUAGAAUUGCAGAAAAAGCUCUUAUCAGAUUUGGUCGGCCAUGGGAUUGCUAACCAAAUUAAAGAUGUUGAUGGUGGGAUCAAGAUGAUAAAAAAAGCAUUGAGUAAUAAAGAAGUACUCAUUAUUCUUGAUGAUCUAGACAAGAAAGAGCAGCUCGAAAAACUCGCAGCCGGAAAAUCUGAUUGGUUUUGUUCUGGUAGCAGGAUCAUUAUCACAACUAGGGAUGAAAGCAUCCUGAUGACUCAAGUGAGCUUAUCCAGUAAAGUUGUCCUAAACCAACCUGAAGGAAUUUUGCGUUAUGAAGUUCGUGGAAUGAGAUUUGAUUUAGCACUUCAUCUAUUCUAUAAGCAUGCAUUUAGAAGUGACUCUGCUGUAGAAGGAUAUGAUGCUCUUUCAAGAGAAAUUGUUCGUACAGUGGGCAUGCUUCCUUUGGCUGUCGUGGUGAUAGGGUCCAACCUUUUCGACUGGGGAAAAGAUUUGGGGCAUUUGGAUAAAAGAGAAGUGUGGGACGAAACGCUGAGGAAGUUAAAAGAAGGUCCUUUUGAGGAUGUUCGAGAUACGUUAAUGAUAAGUUAUGAACGAUUAGAGGAUAAGCACCAAGAGGUAUUUUUGGAUAUAGCCUGCUUUUUCAUCAAUACCGACAAAACAUACCCGGUUAUCAUGUGGAAAGAUUGUGGGUACUUUCCCAGCAUUGCAAUGAGGGUUCUCUCUCAAAGGUCCUUGAUCAAGAUUAGAGAUGACAACAGGUUUUGGAUGCACGACCAAGUUCGAGAUUUUGGAAGGUACAUUGUUCUUCGAGUAUAUCCUCGCAAGUUUUGUAGGGUGUGGAUUUGUGAGGAUGCCCUGAAACUACUGGAGCGAAGAAAGAGAAAUGAAGAUGUGGUAGCACUAAGCCUGACUUCCGAUGGCUGCAGCGACGGCAUUGCAUCUGAAGAACUAGCUGCUCUACCAAACCUAAGGUUCCUUCAAGUGAAAGGCAUUGAUAUGCUUGGCAACUUCGGCAAUCUUCUUUCAGAGUUAAGAUGGCUUUCUUGGGAAAUUAAGCAAAAUGAAUUUUACGCGGGGAGUUUUCAUUUUGCUAAUUUGGUUGUGCUAAACCUUUCAAGAAGCGACAUCGAAGAUGACUGGGGUGGGUGGAGCCAAAUCCAGCUAAACACAUUUGGAAAGAAAGAAGAGGAAGCUCUAGAAUCACAUGACAGCCCAGUAAAUGAUAGAACGAGUGGCAUAUCAUUGUUGUUCUAUGACAAAAAAUUAAAAGUUCUGGAUUUAACAGAUUGCCCAAAGUUGAGGAGGACACCUAACUUCUCUAAUUUCACAUCUUUGGAGACGUUAACACUUGCUCGGUGUUCCAACUUAAUCACUAUUCACCCCUCCAUUUCUAAACUUCAACUCCUAGAGACUUUGAAUAUCAAAGGGUGUAGUUCUCUUGGGGAGUUGCCUGAAGAAGUCGGUUCCCUACAAUCAUUAAAGCAAAUCGUCAUGCCCCAAAAUUUUCGACUCUCGAAGCUUCCAGAGAGAUUUGGGAAUUUGAAAUCUUUGUCGAGUUUUAAAUUAAAUGAGCAUCCUAAAAUCCGUCAACUCCCGGACUCAUUUGGAGGGAUGGUGAGUCUUACAUGCUUAACUUUACACGGGUGCGUGGGGAUAAAGGAACUUCCAAGCUCAAUUGGGGAGCUAAAAACGUUGAUAGAGUUGGAUGUAUCAGCGACAGGCUUAGUUCAACUACCUAAUUCUAUCGGAAACUUAAAGAAACUAAGGGUGUUGAUUUUACGUGGAACUAAGAUAAAGGAGUUUCCUUGUACAAUUGGAGGACUGGAGAUGCUUGAAGGUUUAUAUGCCGAGCGAUCUUGGGAUCCGACAGAUAAAAACUUGGAGGAAAUUGGGAAGCUAAUCCAUUUGAAGACAUUGAACUUAGCAUUUACUAGUGUUUCUAGAUUGCCUCAGGAGAUAAGUCGUCUCCAUCUCCAAAAGUUUGAAGUGGGUUCGAUUGAGCUUCAACAAGUGCCGGAUCUUCCAUCAAGUUUGAAAUUCCUGGCGGUUCAAGCUCCGGACUUCUCUCUUGUCCCUCACCCCUCAAGCAUCAUUGAUUUAGAACAUCUGGAAUUACAAAGAUUCAGCAAUUCGACAAAUAUACCUCGCUCUACUUGGCGGGACUAUCAGUCCAAACUUGAAGCAACUUCGAUGAGAGAACAACCAUCCUAUCGGCUUCCAUCUCAUUUGUCGACCUUGAAACUCGGGGGUAUUAUUCCAUCGCCACAAUUUUCCAACUUGUUAAAUUUGACAGUUCUGCAUGUAAUUGACUGUGCAAUAUCACACUUACCUGUCAAUCUAGGCCUAACACAUCCGAGGGAACUGGUCAUACGUAGAUGUAAAUCCCUUGAGAAAAUACCUGGUCUAUCACUCUUAAGGUGUUUGGAGCGCUUGGAACCGAAGGGCUUGAAUAAGCUAAUUGAGAUUCAAGGUUUAUCGGAAUUGGAAUCUUUGCAGUACCUCCUUCUUUCCAAUUGUGGUUUAAUAGGGCAGUUACCCAACUUGGCUAAGUUGGGUAAGCUACAACAUCUAGAGCUAGAAGCGUGUCCAAAUUUAAGAGCCAUUGAGGGCAUCGAGGGCUUAGAAAGCUGGGUGUUGGAUAAUCGUGGCCGCACUAUCCUAGAAAGAUUAUUGGAUGUCUCGAGAUCGAUUUGGCUUUCCCACAGAUUACCAAUGUACGAUGUGUUCCUAUGUUUUAAGGGACUAGACAUUCGUCUCGGCAUUGUCAAUUUCCUUCACUAUUGGAUGUUACAAGAUCGAGUUUCUGUUUAUAGUGAUCAGGAUGAUUUGAGGUCAAACGAAGGGAUUGGGGAAGAGAUUCUACAGGCACUUGGUAACUCCAAUAUUUACAUACCCAUCUUUUCUAGAAACUAUGCUUCUAGUCAUUGUUGUCUCUGCGAGCUUGCCCACAUGACAAAACGCACAUCAGAAUCAAAGGGGAAAAGAAGAAUCCUCCCCAUGUUCUACGAUGUGGAGAUUGAUGACGUUAAGCUCAAAACUGAUUUAUAUAAAAGCGACCUGGACAAGCACCGGACGAACUUCGACAACAACGAAGUGAAGUCAUGGGAAGAGGCCCUAAUUCAGGUUGCAGCAAUGAAGGGUUUCGUCUUGAAAAAUACCAGCUAUGAAGAAGUCCUUCAAUCCAUUAUUGCAGAGGUUUUUAGAGCAAGGAAAUUGUUAAACGCUGACUCCUGAAGCUUUCUUUUGGUUAACGUAAGGAAAUUUUCCCCAACUGCAUUCUGUUCCUAUGUCAUUCUUGCCACUUUGGCUUAAGAGAUAUUAUUGUUAAGUUUAUCCCACAUCGGUUGUGCAAGGAGUUGGUGGUCGGUUUAUAAGUAUGAGGGAAAAUAUCAUCCUUUUAGCUAACUGUUGGUACGAGAGAGCCCAAGAUCACUC